UUCAUAUAUUUUUAAACUAAUGACAGGUUUUAAACAUCAAAACUGUUUAAAGUAAAACAGCCUCAGAAUUUGCUUCUGCCUCUGGCCGGUUCGGUUUGCUAACGUACAUGAGGUUAGCAUCUAGCAUAGAGAGUGUUGUGCUUGGUGUGUGGAGAACCGGAUGCGUUUUAUUUUGACACUUCAGUGACGGUGCGGCACUCAGUGCGGAAGUUCUGUCAUCCUGCAGGAGGAGAGGAAGGAGAGGCGCAGCUUCGUCUCAACUUUCCGCCCGAAACGCAACAACCUGUCCCGGCAGGAAAAAGCUCCGUUUCCCCGGAAACCGCAGCCCGUCCGCCGCCGACAGACGCAGCUCCUCCUCGGGCCUCCGACAGACUUCGGGGCGAUGGCGAGGCCGAGCCACAGCGAUCACGUCCUCCAGCAGCUCAACAACCAGCGGGAGUGGGGCUUCCUGUGCGACUGCCUCAUCGCCAUCGGCGACAUCUACUUCAGGGCCCACAAGGCGGUGCUGGCGGCCUGCAGCUCCUACUUCCGGAUGAUGUUCAUCCGCGACCAGCAGGGGGCGGGCCACCUGGACCUCAGCAACAUGCAGAUCAGCGCCGAGUGCUUCGACCUCAUCCUGCAGCUCAUGUACCUGGGCCGCAUCGUGGUGGGCAGCUACGAGUUCGAGGAGCUGAAGGCGUCCAUGUCCUACCUGCAGAUGUACUACAUCCCCGACUCGCUGGAGGACCUCCGAGACAUCCGCAGCUCCAACCUCACCCCGUCUUCCUCCGCCUCUUCCUCCUCCUCCUCUUCCUCCAGCUCCUCCACCGGCGUCUCUGGAGGGAAGAUGAUGUUUGGAGUGCGGAUGUACGAACAGCAGAGAUCCACGGCGCCGGAGGCGGAGCUUCUACCGAAGGCGGCGACCAGCAGCAGCGCAGGGCGCCCAGCUGUUCCUGUAGCUACCAGCAGGGCGGCGCCAGCUGUAGCAGUGGUAGUGGAGGAGGUGGCUAGCACACCUUUGAUCGUGGCUCCGCCCACCGCGGACAGCGGCGCAGAGCAGCCAUGUGACCUGAGAAAGCGACCCGGCGGCAGAAGUUCUGCUCUCAAAGACCGGCCCAGAUUCGGCCGCACCUACACCUGCGACGACUGCGGCUUCGUCUUCAGCUGCGAGAAGCUGCUGAUCGAGCACAUCCUGACCUGCACCAACAGGAAGGCCUACCACCCGCCCCGAGGAAACGGCGAGGGCGACAGCAGCUCCGGCAAGGCGGAGAGCUCCGCCUCCGAGAGCGCCGAGGAGCAGAGAGUCGUCUGUAAGGGCGAGGACGACUGGCCUGACGGUCGGGCCGACUCGGAGCUGCCCGUCAGGUCGCUGGCGGCCGGCACCGACAGCGAGCCCGGCUCCACCCGCAGCAUCAAAACGGAACCGGAGGAAGGCCUGUUCCCUGAGAUCGAGAUGGUCCAGGUGGGCGAGCACGCAGCCAGAGACUCGCUGAGAGACAGGAUGGGUUUGACCCGCGAGUCGGAGCCGGGAGUGUCGGGUCUGGAGAGCUGCGGCGAGUCGGCUGACGGCCACCUGCCGAGCAGCAGCGACUCGGGGAUCCCCGCCAAACUCCGGAAGGUCAAGGAUGAGAAGCAGGAAGCCGACUGCGCUCCCUGCGAACUUUGUGGCGCUCUUCUGACUGAGGAGGACAAGUCCUCCCACUACCUGUCCAACCACAUGGGCCACAUAUGCGCCUGUGGGCGGUGCGGCCAGGUUCUGAUCAAAGGCCGGCAGCUGCAGGAACACGCCGAGCGCUGCGGCGAGUCCCACGGCGCCGAGUCGGACUCCCACGGGGAGGAUGAGGUGUCGCUGCUGGGGGAUUCUCAGGGGAUGGACGAGGGUCUGCUGGAUGCCGCUGACCUGGCCUGCCCUCACUGCGGCCUGCUGUUCCAGAACGAGAGCCUGGCGCUGGAGCACGCCUUGACCUGCCACGAUCAGGACCUGUUUCGGCCCGUGGCGCUGGAGGACGGCGGCGAACCCGACCACCGCCGCAAACACUUCUGCAGCAUCUGCGGCAAAGGCUUCUACCAGCGCUGCCACCUGCGGGAGCACUACACCGUCCACACCAAGGAGAAGCAGUUCACCUGCCAGACCUGCGGCAAGCAGUUCCUGCGGGAGCGCCAGCUGCGGCUGCACACCGACAUGCACAAGGGCAUGGCGCGGUACGUGUGUCCGGUCUGCGACCAGGGAACCUUCCUGAAGCACGACCACGUCCGGCACAUGAUCUCCCACCUGUCGGCCGGAGAAACCAUCUGCCAGGUGUGCUUCCAGAUCUUCCCAGGCGGAGAGCAGCUGGAGAAGCACAUGGACGUCCACCUGUACAUCUGCGGCGUCUGCGGGGAGAAGUUCCGGCUCCGCAAGGACAUGAGGAGCCACUACAACUCCAAGCACACCAAAAGACUGUAAGGCAUCCGCAGCGUCUGCAGCGUCUGCAGGGUCUGCAGCCUCUGCAGCCGUUGUCUGCAGCGUCUGCUCUUAGAAGCCAUAAAUGUGAGAACAAAUCAAGCACUUGAACACCAAAAAGACGACUUUGAAUCUGCACUUUGAAGCUGAAAGCAGAACCUAAACAGGUGUUCAGACUGCGAUUGGUCGUUUCAGAUCAUUAGACUGCUCUGAUCAGAGGAAGGAUCGUCCGGUGCUGAAACUGAUCCGACCCGGUUCAGAUGCUGUUCAGUUCUGUUAGAACCGGGUUGUAGAACCGGGCCAGAACAGUGUGAUGGUGUCGCUCGCAGUUUGAACUCCAGCCCCGGGUUUUUAACUCCCACAGCCAGAACAGUUCUGAUUGGUUCACCUGUGAGGAGCCUCUCAGGUGAGGUCACUUCCUGUUUCAGAGCUUGGACUUGUUUUUGUUUCUUUUUUUAGCCUUGGUACCGACCCGUUUCCCAGAAUACUAAAGGUUUCUGCAGAUGUUUGGGUUCCGGGUUCUGGUUCUUCUCUAAUGUGUGCCUUUGCCGUCAUAUCAGAACUCCAAGAAGAAAACACUAGAACCAGUCGGUCAGAACCGGCCCACUGGUCGGAUCUGGGACUGCGAUGCCUUAUCAGCUUCAUCUUCAUCACUUCCUGCACAGAACCAGAACCGGUCCCUACACUGACCAACAGAACCAACUCUAACCGGUUAAAACAAAACAGUUUCUGGCUAAAACCAGGUUGGUUCAGAUGAUUUCACACUUCCUGGGUCCGGUUUCAAACAUUUGGACCUUCAGAACAUCAGCCGAGCCCAGAAUCAGCAGGUUCUGUCGGUCCGGAUGGUUCCGACGUUCCCGUUUACCGCAGAAUCUCCCUGAAGGUCCGGCAUAUUGUGAGACUCGAGCAAAAAUCAGAACCUCCCGGUUCUGAUCCAGGGCUGUCCAAAGUGCGGUCCGGGGCCGUUUGUGGCCCAAAAACGUUUUCAGGACAGUAAAAAUUUGGCCAAAGAGAAAAAAUUCUGUAUGCAAAGCACCUUAUUUGUUUUUAAUAUCGUCAGUAUUUAAUUUUAGUGUAAAUAAUAAAAACAUUUAGUUUUCAGUCUAAAUCAAACUUGUGUCUGAUCCGUUUCCUGGUUCUGAUAGACAAGUUAGAUAGAAAACAAUGGACUAAAUAGAAUUAAUUUAAGAAAUUAAUUCAAAUAAAUUAUAUCGUUUAAUGAUUUUAUUUAAUAAUUUUAUUUCAAAUUUUAAUCUAAUAAAUAUAAAAAUGUGUAUUUUAAUUACAUAAGAUGUAAUUAAAAUACAGUACUUUUAACGUCAUGUUGGUUCAUGUUGCUAAAAACAGUAAUCGUUAUAAUAAUAAUAAUGCACUGAUGAAAACAUUUGUGUCCAUAUGCUGAGGACAUCUGCUUCAGUUAAAUACCCACAAUCCUGUGCUGCAUCACUGUCACUUGACCAGAUGCAUGAAGCUCCGCCCCCUUUACAAACAAACGGCAACAAAAUGGAGAUAAAUGUCGGUUAAUAUCAGUUAUUGUUGAUGGAGAUUUAUCAUCUCUAACUAUAUUAUUCCAUAUUAUUGCUGCUACCGUUAGUAAAUUAUUAUUGAUGAUUGAUUAUACCAGGUAUUUAUUUUUUACCUCUUAAAUUAAAAUACUGUGUUUUAAUUGGUUGGAGUUAAAUUAUUGGCUGGUUUUAUUCCGGAAGCAGCUUGUUGCUCACAGUGUGGCGGCGUUGGGGGAUCGUUUCUAUGGUAACGAAGCUGAUUGGGCAUCUAUCUAGACCUGGUUCAGAUCCAGCGGGAUCUGAACCGGGCCCAGACCCAUCUGCGUCAUCUUCAUGGUCCGGUUGGUUCUGGUCGGUUCUAACUGAUGGGCCGAAACCAGACGGCAGAUAUUUAAUCUGGUUCUGCUGGUUCUGGUUCUGUAAACGCACUAAAGGGGAGUUUGACAUGCAGAGCUGUUGGUCUAAAUAUGGGUCCAUUUUCUCUGGGGCUUUUUCUUCCUGUCAGGCGUCGCCGUGGCAACCUCUGACCUCCAGGGAAAAAUCAGCUCCAAUUUUAUUGAGACUUUAUUUUUAAAAUCAAACUAGUUGAACUUCAUUUCUGCUGCAGGUUCUGGUUUUUGGUCCGAUCCGCUGGUUCUGUUGCGGUUCCGGGUCCAGUUUCAUGUUCUGUUCAGGUCACACAGGCCUUGUUCUACUCUCAAUAAACCAAGUGAUCUUCUGUUUCAA